ACGAGAAAUAAAACAACGAGGUAAAGCCUGGCGAGAAACCGAAGGAAUCUUCUAUUUCUCAUAAUCGUCGGUCCUCCUCCACAUGAGAAAGCAAAAAAGGAAGGUUGCAGCAGCUCGUAAAUCUGGAAAGAAAGGUAAGAGAGAGGCUGAAGAAUCUCAUGAGAAACAAGUGGCUGUUAAAAGGCAGAAGAAAAGCAACGGUGUAGCACAGGCUAUUGUAAAGAAGAAGGUUGAAGCUAAGAGGAAGAAGAAAUAUGAAACUAGUAGUUCUUCUGAUGACUCUUCUGAUUCCGAUUACAUAUGCGAAAGCCCACUACCGGUUGAUGACUCUUCUGAUUCUGAUUACAUAUGCGAAAGCCCACUACCGGUUGAUGACUCUUCUAGUUCUGAAUAUGAACCUGCUCCUGUGAAGAAAUGGCCUGCCGUUGUGAAGAAUGGCUCUGUACCUGCAAAGAAGGCAAAACAGGCUAGUAAUUCAGUAGACUCUAGUAGUGACGAAGAUUUAUCUUCCGACAAAGAAGCUUCUGCUCGGAAUAAAAAACCUGCAGUAGCUACAAAAGCUUGUGCUCCAGCUGCUAAAACUCCUGAGAAACAAAUGGCUGCAAAAAGGCAGAUGAAAAACGUUGGUGUAGCACAGGCUAGUGUAAAGAAGAAGGCUGAAGCUAAGACAACGAAGAAGAAGAUAUACAAAACUAGUAGUUCUUCUGAUGACUCUUCCAAUCCCAAUUACAUAUGCGAAAGCCCACUACUGGUUGAUGUCUCUUCUGAUUCCGAUCAUGAACCUGCUCCUGUGAAGAAAUGGCCUGCCAUCUCGAAGAAUGACUCUGUACCUGCAAAGAAAGCAAAACAAGCUAAAUAUUCAGAUUCUUCAGUGACUAGUAGUGACAGAGAUUUAUCCUCCAAUGAAGAAGCUCCUGCUCAGAAUAAAAAACCUUCCGUUGCUACAAAAGCCUCUGUUCCAGAUGCUAAGACAGUGAAAACUGAUAGCAGUUCAGAUUCUUCUUCCAACAUUGAUGUGAGUAUUGAGACUAUUACUAGAUAUAGCGCAAGACUUGCUAGAUAUGACGACAAUUUCGAUGAAGAUAGCAGCUCAGAUGAAGACAAAGAAAAAUCAAAGCCUUAUUCUAAGAAAGGACCCACCCCUGUUACCAGAAAGGAGUCUAGUGAUAGCUCUUUGGAUGAACAUAAACCUCCUCAAAAGGUUACUUUGCCAAGUUGUGGUGCAACAAAUGUGCCUCCAGAGAGUGCAAAGGCUAAAACUGCUUCCAGUGGUAGCAGCUCAGAAUCAAGUAGCAGCUCGGAGGAAGAAUCCGAUGAAGAGGAUGUAAAGAAGGCAAUUGCUUGUUUUCGUUCAUCUGUUCAAUCUGGUUGGAAUCCUUCUGUUAGACUUGAUUUCACUCAUGAAAGGGGUGAAUAUACACCGUACAGCGGCAAUGGGAACAAUUCCUUCCAGAAAGGUGGAGAAGGUGAGUCUUGAACUAUAUCGGUCAAAGAGUUCGAUCAAUCUCUUGGUCAGGAUGAGAUAAAGAAUUCCUUGGAAGAGCACUUUGGUUCUUGUGAAGAGAUUACGAGGGCAACGAUACCAGUAGAUCGGGAUACCGGUGCUGUGAAGGGGUUUGUAUCUAUGGUCAUCGUGAUCUUUGUUGUUAAUUUAAUAUGUGCUGCUGUGAUUUCAUUUUCCUUGUUGUACAUGUGUAUAUACUAAGCACCCAAGUCGGAGUAAUGUCUUGGGAUUUUAGUAUCUUGCAAGUAAUCUUGUGAUUUCAUGUUGUAUUCCACAUCUGAUCAUAUGUGUUAGAGAUCGUGACCUGAAUAUCGUUUGGCUCGGUUCUACACAUAUAUGUAGUGUUAGAGAUCAUGACCUGAAUAUCGUUUGGCUCAGUUGUACACAUAUAUGUAGUGUUAGAGAUCGUGACCUGAAUAUCCUUUGGCUCGGUUGUACACAUAUAUGUAGUGUUAUAUGUACCUAGAGUUUUCUCAGGUGAUAUGCUAAGUAAAAUUUUAGUGUUCA